AUUUUGGCGAGGUUGAGUGGCUGUGAAUUAGAUACUAAUAAUAUACCUCUUUGCCUUCUUCCUUACUACAAUAAUCAGAUACCCUUUUUCUUCUUCUUCUUCCUCUCGGCGAAUUAAAAAUCUAAAUAUCAGGUUUUUCUUUUGUUUUGGAAAGUUCUGUUUUUUUUCCUCUCUACUGAGGAGCUCAGAUCGAUGGGGGAAGUUGUGGUUUUAAGUAGCGACGAAGGUACUGUGGAGACGAUGAUGACGAGCAGAGGCAAGUCAUCGGAGGUUGUCCGGUGGGAGAAGUAUCUUCCGACAACGGUGCUUAGGGUUUUGCUUGUCGAGUCCGAUGAUUCAACUCGCCAAAUCCUCACCGCCCUUCUUCAAAAAUGCUCUUACAAAGUUGUAGCUGUUUCUGAUGGUUUAGCUGCGUGGGAGAUUCUAAAGGAGAAGACACUCAACAUUGACCUAAUACUAACGGAGCUUGAUUUGCCAGCUAUAUCUGGUUUUGCGCUCCUUGCUUUGGUGAUGGAGCAUGAAGCUUGCAAGCACAUUCCUGUCAUAAUGAUGUCUUCGCAAGAUUCGAUGACAAUGGUGUUGAAGUGUAUGUUGAGAGGUGCUGCUGAUUAUCUAAUUAAACCCAUGAGGAAAAACGAGUUGAAGAAUCUAUGGCAACAUGUCUGGAGAAGACUUACUUUGCGUGGUGGUGAUCAUACUGCUAAUGGUCCUAGCUUACCAGCUUCACAGCAGAACCUUGACGACAAUGAUGAAACUUGUGCAGAUUCAAGAUAUCAUUCUGAUCAUGGAAGUGGUUCUCAGGCUAUUAGCGAUGAUGUCAAACCGCUGGUUGAGAUAGACAAAAAGGUUGAAUCUUUUGAUGUGACAAUGGAUUUAAUAGGUGGAAUAGACAAACGGAGUGAGUGUUACUAUGGAGACAACACUGGUGAGCAGCAACAUGUUGGUCCAGAGCUUGGGCUUUCUCUGAAGAGAUGUUGCUCUGGAAGUUUAGAGAAGAACCAAGAUGAAAGCAAGCAUCAAAAGCUUAGCCUCUCUAAUGCAUCAGCCUUCUCACGAUAUGAGAAUGACAAGCCAGGAGAGGAAGCAGUGGUUGCUGUAGUAGAGGCAAGCAGUUCAGGUGAUCCCAAAACACCAAGCGAAUCACAUGAAAAGCUGUUAAGAUGUGAUCACGGAAGCGCUACAACGAGCAGCAACCAUGAGAAUGUAGGAGGAUCAUCGACCAUAAGCGGACAAAACCAGGUUCUUCAGUCCGGGACUAGGAAACAGAAGCAAAAAUCUCUUUUUCCAGUAGAAUCAAAUAGCCAGAAAGCAAGCAAGGAAGGUUGUCAAAGCACCAAUGAAGAGGGAACAGUAGUAACAGCAGGAGGAGAAAGUAGGAGCAGCACAAGAGAGAAAGCAAAGGAAGAAGAAGAAGAAGAAGAAGAAGGUGAACGUAGGAGUGAGAGAGAAGCUGCGCUGAUGAAGUUCCGGAUGAAGAGGAAAGAUCGAUGCUUUGGUAAAAAGGUAAGAUAUGAGAGCAGGAAGAAGCUAGCAGAGCAGCGUCCAAGAGUGAAAGGCCAGUUUGUUCGUGCUGUGAAUUCAGAUGCGUCUUCUACUAAAUAAUUAAAGCAUGAAAGCCCACUUGCCAAGGAGAAGUGUGUCUUAUUGUAUUUGAGCGUUUUCUUUUCAGCUAAUCUGAGAAACUUACUUGGGUGGAUUAUUCCCUUUGUUGUAUAUAUAGAUAGAUCAUCAUCUCUAUUAUAUUUGCGAAUGAUCAAAGCUACGUUAAACCAUCACUCCAGUUUUUAUGCAAGCUUUCUUUUCUUUCAUAUUGACUAGCACUUGAUGUAAGAGGACUAUCAUACAUACA